AUGAUUACUGCUCUUGAAAUAAAUUCAGAAAAAUACGUUCUAUUUGCGCGAAAAACUAUGUCAAAUAAAAUACACGAGUAUUUCGAUACCGCAUAUUCUCAAUGGAAUAUUCGCGAUUUUUUGGAUAAGUGUGAUUUAGAACCACUCGGACAGAAGACAGAUUGUUAUGUUAGGUGUCUUAAGACCAUUGCUAAUCGCGAGACUGAUCGCAGGCGUGAAAAAGCACAGGAACUACUCGACAGGUUCCGAGCCGAGUCACGAAGCCUGUGUUGGAGCGUAUACGACUUACGAGGUCGUCUUACGUUCAAGGUUACGAGCCGAUCUGACACUGGCCCUGCUGGGGCGUAUACGACUUACGAGGGUACUCGGCCAGAUCGUCAAUUAGCAAGAAGUUGGGAUAAAGAACGUUCUUAUAAGAAUAAAUCAGCCGAACCUUCAGUUCACGUCCACCAUCCAACGUUUAUAGGAGGAGGGACUGUUAGUGGGAUUAUAAACUCUGAAACUUUCAUUUCCGGAUCAUCAGAAAAGGAUCAGAAAAAGGCACAGGAUCCAGUUGACAAUAUCAGCGCCUUCUUCAAAGAUCCCUCUGGCGUAAAGGUCGAAUAUGAAUCGCGGAACUCUCCUUCCGUAUCUGACGAUGAUGAUUCGAAUUAUAUGCCAAGCGACACUGACGAAUCGGCUUCUGAUACCGAUGCAUCUGAGGACAAUAUAAAUGGGAAGGAUCUCCCAAAAUUGACAAGACGGCUUUUUACAUGGACUAUGAACACGUUAUUCACCGAUAAGGAGUGGAGCGAACUAAUUAAAGAUCGAAAUGUGGUUCCUUCUGUUCCACGUGAUAUUGCAGAAGAGCUAUCGAAGUACGGAAGUAAAACAUUAAAAGAGCUACGUACGAAAGUGAUGAAAUCAUACCUUAAGGAUGACGAAGAAUAUGAUGUUCAAAAGCAUUAUAAUCGAGAAUGGAUUCAAAUGACCAUGCGAACACUUUGUAAUCUGUUCGAAAAUAUAGAUACCCCCUUAGUAAGGACCCAAUAUGAAGAUUGGUUCACGGUCGCGCUUUUUGGAACAUGUAUUGAUUUCUGUGUCAGGGACGCGCAAUUGGGAACCGACAUUAAGGGGACCGAUGCACCAUCAUUGAGUAGUGCCAACAGAAAGAAUCGACGUCGGAAAGCAAACGCAAGAAAACUCAUUGGUCGCAAAAUCGAUGGGAUAAUAUAUAUAACUAAUAGACUUGUUGAAAUUGGUGCCAUUGAAGGUGCAAGGGCUUUUGGGGGAGUUUCAGAUAACAAAUAUCUCCUCGAGUCAUUCAAGAUGCCCAAAACACUUCGAGAUAUGUAUUCUGAUUUAAUCAAGGCUGUGAAUUAUGACGAUCAAAAAGCAGAUAAACUUCAAAUCAUUAUUAGGAACAACCUACAAAUUCUGAAUAUUCUAAAUGACGAUACUGACACUGAAUCUGGCGACCUGUUGGAAGAAUUGCUUAAAGAUGACAAUGAACAAUGCUCUACUCCACCACCUGUGCCAAUUCAUUUUUUUGCUGAUUGCGAAAACACUCCAAAGAAAAAAAAAGAAAAAAAGGAUUAA